AUGAACUUCUCGAUUACCUGCAUAGUUCUUUUGUCCAUCCUCUCCAUUAGCUCCUGUGCGGCUGCACCAGCUGGCGGAGAAGGUGCCUCAAAAGGUGGCGGUGACGGCGGUGACAAAAAAGCCAAAGCAGCAUCGAUUUUACAAACCGUAUCAAAAGGGCUUGGCGGAGGCGGACUUGGGCUCUCUUCCGGGAUCACCGGCGCCGUCGGCUCCGGUCUCAAAGGCGGUGCUUAGAAUCUCGUGUCUUUUCACUCACCCAGCG